AUGCCACAAUUUGAGAGGAGGGAAUUUUCGCGUUCGUUAUCGAGUACUGGAAAUGAAUCUUCAAAAAUGAUGCGAGUCUUGUUGUUGUUGGGUAGUGUUGUGCUGAUGUACAGUAUUGUAUUGCUGUUGAUUAAUACAUCGUCAUCAUCAGUAGUGGAGGGAAGUCUUGUUCCUUCUAUGAAAUUGAUCAGAGGAGAAAAAGUAAAUUCUCGUGUUGGGAAGGUUUCAUCUUCAAAGGCUGAUCAAUCUUUUAAAAAAACAGCCUUGGAUGAAUUUAUGGAAUCUUAUCCGGAUAAUAAUUAUUCAUAUCGAUUGAUCAAUACCAUGCAUGGGCUUGCUGCUACUACCUAUGUGUUGAACAUGACAAGUCAAGUGUGGCUUUCACCAAAAGAUAUUUUGAAUGGACGAUAUGUUUGGUGGCAUUUCAUGUUGGUAAUUGUACCACAUAAUUUGAAUAGAGAUAAGAAGGAAGGACUGUUGUGGAUGAUUGGAAAGAGAAAUACUGACAAGACUCCAAAUUUGGAUGAUCUUGCUGAUUUGACCAAGAUUGCUGUUGCUACUGGUACAAUUGUUACUGAAAUGAUGCAAGUUCCUAAUCAAGCAAUUGUAUUUGAAGCUGAUCCAAAAAGAGAGGAAAGAGCUGAGGACGGAAUUGUUGCAUUUACUUGGAGACAUUUCAUGAAUGACACUAGUAAACCUUAUUGGAUUGCUCACUUGCCAAUGACAAGAGCUGGACAAAAGGGAUUGGAUACUAUUCAAGACUUUGCAAAGAAAGAAUUAGGACACACCAUUGAACAAUUCACAGUUCAAGGAACUAGUAAGAAGGGUUGGACCACUUGGCUUCUUGCUGCUGUUGAUAAGAGAGUGAAAAAUAUCAUUCCUAUGGUUAUUGCUGUUUUGGAUUUGAAGAAAAAUUUGAUGGAAACUUAUGAUAGUUUGUGUAAAUUCCCUGAAGCAAUGGAUUCUUACAUGGAUCAAGGAAUUGUCACCCGGUUGAAUACUAAGGAAUUUGAUGCAUUGGCUGGAAUUUUGGAUCCACUCGUCUACACUGAAAGAUAUGCCAACAUUAACAAGUUCUUGAUCUAUAGUAUGGGAGAUGAAUUCUUCUGGCCAGACUUGUCUCCAAAUGGUUAUCCUCAUCUUGUUGGUGAAAAGAGAUUGAAAUACCUGCCAAAUACUGGACACAAUAUGGAAGGCAGUGAUAUGAUGGAUGCUGUUUUAGUCGAUUAUUAUGCCCAUCUCUAUGGUAUUAAUCUUCCAAACUAUGAAUUCUCCAGUCAAGAUGUUCACUCCGUUGGACUCCAACUCGAUUUGAGAAUUACCAAUGGAACUAGACCAACUGUUGUUAAAUUGUGGCAAGCCACCAAUCCAAAUGCAAGAGAUUUCAGAAUUACCACUAUUGGAAAGGCCUUCACAUUCACCCCAGUCACACCAUUAGAUGCCUCAGGAAUGAACUAUCGUGUCGUUGUCAAGAAUCCACCUUUGGGAUAUACUGCCUUUAUGAUGGAAAUGGAAUUUUCAAUUAGCUUCCAAUUGCCACCUCUCCGUUUAACCACCAGUGCUUACAUUACACCAACCACGAGACCAUGUAAAUAUCCUUACUAAUUAUAUUUCACUUCACAAAAAAUUCCUCCUCACUCAGUAAUGAAGCAGAGAGCAUCAAGAAAAUUAUUAAUUUAUAUCAAAUACCUAUGUGCAAAAACAAUGUGGUGAUCAUCUAUUUUUCUCCUUUUUGAGAUUGAGAAUCAACACACAUUUUCGCACCAUAAACAACUCUUUCCAAAUGGAAUUUUUC